UUAUAACUAUAAUAAACAGCAAAAGGAUAAACAAAGUGUAAAAAUAGCAUAUAAAAAUCAUAAAAUGGAGAGAAGUAAGAAAAUGUAGAUCUUUUAGAAUGUGUUUGAGCCAAUAUGACUACCAGUGUAAAACAAGUAGAUAUAGUAAUGAGUUAACAUAUUUGAAAACUAGGGUAACCACAAGUCAAAAGCAUAGAUUCACAUAAACCAAAAAGAAAACUCAACCCUAAUACAGUAGGGAACCGCAAAAGAAAAAACAAGGAAUUCCCUGGCAUUCCAUUGGUUUGGACUCUGUUCUUUCAUUGCCAGGGCUUGAGUUCAUUCCUUGGUCAGGGAACUAAGAUCCCACAUGUCAUGCAGUAUGCCCCCUCCCAAAAAAAAAUUGCUUUCAAUAUUAGUGGACUAAAUGCUCCAAUCAAAUGACACAGAGUGGCAGACUAGAUAAUAAAAGAAGAUGCUGCCUACAGGAGACCAACCUUAGGGUGAAGGACACACAUAGGUUGAAAGUGAGGGAAUGGAAAAAGGUAUUUCAUGCAAAUAGAAAUGACAGGAAAGCAGGGGUGACAAUACUUAUAUCAAGCAAAAUAGACUUUAAAACAAAACCCAUAAAGAAAGAUAAAGAAGGACACUGUAUAUUGAUAAAAGGGUCAAUACAAGAAGAUACUAUACUCACUAACAUAUAUGCACCCAAUAUAGGAGUACCUAAAACAAAUGCUGGCAAGAAAAAAGAAAAAUUGAUAGGAAUAUAUUAAUAGUAAGAGACUUUAAAAUCCCACUGACACCAAUGGACAGAUCUUCCAGACAGAAAAAUCAAUAAGGUAACAGAGAUCCUAAAUGACACAAUACAACAAUUAUACUUAACUGAUGUACUCAGGACAUUACAUUCCACCCCCCCCCCAAAAAAAAAAAUGGAAAAUAAAUUCUUUUCAAGAGCACAUGGAGCAUUCUCUAGGAUAGACUACAUAUAGGACACAAAACAAGCCUUCACAAAUUUUAAAGAGCAUAAAUAAUUUCAAGCAUCUUUUCUGACCACAGGAGCAUAAAAUUAGAAAUUAACCACAGAAAGAGAAGUGAAAACAAGGUUACAUGGAAACUAAACAACAUGCUACUAAAAAACCAGUGGGUCCAUGAUGAAAUGGAGAGAUUUUUUUUUUUAAUUACCUCAAAAUAAAUGACAGUGAAAACACAACUAGCUUUUCAUGAAGAUGGUGCCGAAGGCGAAGAAGGAAGCCCCUGCCCCUCCUAAAGCUGAAGGCAAAGCAAAGGCUUUGAAGGCCAAGAAAGCAGUGUUGAAAUGUGUCCACAGCCACAAGAAAAAGAAGAUCCAGACAUCACCCACCUUCUGGCGGCCCAGAACACUGCGGCUCAGGAGGCAGCCCAAAUAUCCUCGGAAGAGCGCCCCUAGGAGAAACAAACUUGACCACUAUGCCAUCAUCAAACUCCCCCUCACCACCAAGUCAGCCAUGAAGAAAAUAGAAGACAACAACACACUGGUAUCCACUGCAGAUGUCAAGGCCAACAAGCACCAAAUUAAACAUGCUGUGAAGAAGCUCUAUGACACUGACAUGGUUAAGUUCAAUGCUCUGAUCAGGCCUGAUGGAGAGAAGAAGGCAUAUGUUUGACUGGCUCCUGACUAUGAUGUUUUGGAUGUUGCCAACAAAAUUGGGAUCAUCUAAACUGAGUCCAGCUGGCUAAUUCCAAAUAUAAAAGUUUUAACUAUGAAAAAAAUAAAAAAAGAAGAAAACACAACUAGACAAAAAGAAGAUGUGGUACAUGUGUACAAUGGAAUAUUACUCAGCUAUAAAAAAGAAUGAA